AUGGCAAUGUCCGCUUGCAAGGAAGACCCCCGCGUCCGCGGCAUAGCCGCCGCCAUUCGGGUGGUGCCCGACUUCCCCAAGCCAGGUGGGUCCUCCUAGAGCGUUCUCCCUCGUUUCGUUUUGUGCGCAUUUCUCAAAGUCCGUCUUCUCCGUCGUUCUUUCCGACGGAGCUCUCGAUUUACAGCCCGUCCUCCGCUCUCUGCGCCCAAUUUUGCCGCCCGCUGAUUCCGUCGUCUCGCCGUGCUGCUGCUCUGAUACCCCCCUCCCCACCUUCUGUUAUUUUCUGUUUGAUCGUACGCUCUCGAGCUCGGUAUCUGUGGUGCCUUUUUUCUGCACACGCUUAAGUCAUCAUUUCCAUAAGCCCCCCCCCCCCCUUUCCGCCUUUUCUGCUAAUCCUCUCCGCGGUUUUCUUUCUCCUCCGAUGGCCGCACGCUCUUCCUUCCGGAUUUCUUCAUGCCACUGCGGAUAUCAGGGAUAAUGUUCCAGGACAUCACCACGCUGCUCCUCGAUCCUGACGCCUUCAAGAACACUGUCGACAUGUUCGUUGAGCGUUACACUGACAUGGACAUCUCGGUGGUCGCAGGUGCGUUCAGAACUUGAUCUUUCACCGCGAACAGCACUUUCUCUGAUUUCAGCUCCACUUUAAUUCUAUCUCUCACCUUCUGUGCCCUGAAUAAUUACAUCGGAGGUUUCUUCACCAUCUCUUCGCACUCCUCCUGAGUUCGAUCCCUCCAUAGCCUCUACCUGCGCGAAUUCUGUGUCACAAUCACAGAUGGACGUCUCCACUACCUCUGAUUUCUGCCCGUCUCCUCGACCAAGUUCUUUUUCUCCUCCAUGCAGCCAUCGCAUCCAUGUAGAUAGGCGUUCAAGUCUGAUCAGACCUCACUCUUUUGUCGAGGAUUCCCGACAAGGUCGUCGAGUCGAAAAUCUCCGAUUAUGGCGUUACUGUUCCUGGGUUGUGGUUCUACAUCCCUUAUCCAUACUCCUGUUAUUACUCAUGAUCUUCCUCUCUCAUGGGAACUCGCUCGCCAUCGCAUGUGCUUGACAAACUACACCGCGUAGAAAUUAUCUGCCCAACCUCUGCCAUCGCCCAGCUGCUCCCCUUCAUCUCAUUUCCCGUUGUGAUCUGUAUGUCUGAAGAAGCUUUCUUUGCCGAUUUAGUUUGCCAAGCGUCGUAUCCAUGGUAGGUCAUAUCACAUAUAUUAAAUGUCACCAGAACAAUCUGGUGCCCCCCUUCGUCAGGUCUUCAGCUCGGUGAUUUUGUUUGUUUGAUAAACCAAAAUGCCAAUGCAGGUAUUGGAUUAAAUCUUCAAGACAUUGUUUCCUGAUCUACCGAGAAGAUUAAUUUUUAUGGAUCUGUUGAUCUAUUUAAUGUGUUAAGUCAACGCUUGUCACAUCGAUUGUCGAUUAUUUUUAGAAUCCUGUUCAUCUCUGCCGCUAAUUGCCUGUGGAAAUUACGAUGAUUUUGUGAAGUUACCAUUUUACGCUGAUCUUCGUUUGUUAGGGAUUGAGGCCAGGGGAUUCAUCUUUGGGCCACCGAUUGCACUGUCGAUCGGAGCCAAGUUUGUGCCCCUGAGAAAACCCAAGAAGCUCCCAGGUGGAACCCUCCGACGAAGAAUGCUCACCGGUGCGUACUAAUCGGCCGACUGUUCGCGCUUCGUGAUCCGUUUCUGCACGCAUGCAGGUGAAGUGAUCUCUGAGAAUUACGAUCUGGAGUAUGGGUCCGACUGCCUACAGAUGCACGUCGGAGCUGUUCAGCCCGGUGAACGGGUUCUCAUCGUGGACGAUCUCGUCGCCACCGGUGGAACCCUUCGCGCCGCCAUCAGCUUGCUGGGUACGUCUUCAUCUGUUACACGACGUUUGAUGGCAUUUUGUCCUCGGUCUUCGUUUGAUAGCCUGUUCGCGUUUCUUGUUCGUCCUCAGAGCGAGUGGGAGCCGAGGUGGUCGAGUGCGCUUGCGUGAUAGAGCUUCCUGAGCUCAAGGUUCGCUUUUCUCCCCCACAACAGCGGCCUUCGCAUCGAUGAAUUUCUUUUGAUGGGGGCGUCUUGGCUUGUUGCAGGGCCGGGAGAGGUUGGACGGCAAGCCAUUAUACAUUUUGGUGGAAUCGCACUGA